ACGGCAUUACUUGGCAUGAGUGAGCAAAAUUGGGGAGAUAUUCGUCUUAACCUGAUUGAAGAGUUACAUGUUUUUCGUGCUGAGUAUUCACAAUUAUAUGGAUCUAAUAUGCGUGUAGAUGAGUUAAUACAUGCACUCUCUUGCUUUGAGUCUGUUGCACCUCCCCAGCACUGGAUGACAUUACCUGACAUGGGACAUUUGAUUGCUUCAAAGUAUAAUGUGGUCUUGAUCCAUUUGUCUAGACUUCAAUGUCUUACCUAUCUUCCGCUGAGAUCAGUACCUCCUCCAUCACUACAACACAGAAUUAUUAGUAUUGGUUUUGUGAAUGAUUGUCAUUUUGUUCAGGUGUUUCUUAAAUCAAACUCGCCAAUACCUCCUGUUGCACUCAAGUGGCAUAGAUAUCGAGCUGAUAGUGCACGAGAAUGGGAAACACCAUAUAUAGCUAGAAUUGAAGCAUUUUUGUCUAUGAUCGACAAAAAUGUGGCAACUAAAGAUAUUAUUGAUUUAAGUGAUGGUUGACAAAAAUAUGAAUGUAAUGUUAUUGAUUUAAGUGAUGGUUGACAAAAAUAUGAAUGUAAUGUUAUUGAUUUAAGUGAUUGAU